CACAUGGGAUUACGUCAUGAGGCAACCAAAGCUGUACAAAACUGAAAGUUCCGACUAGCGAUUUCAUAGAACGCUGCGAUAGUCUGCUUGAGAGUCUGAAUUUAGGCAGUAGGUAUAUACACUGAAGCCCAGCACAUAUUAAAAGGAAGUGAGCAGCUACUAUGGAGACAUUGCACACAAUAAGUGAGGCAGAGAUCAAGGACAUCAGCAGUAGCAUCACGUCACGGGUGGUGACAGAGGUGGUGGCACAGCUUCAGGGCAGACUUGGAGAGCUGAAGUCCACCACACUUGAUAUUGCGGUGACAGGAGAGUCUGGUUCAGGAAAGUCAUCCUUCAUCAAUGCCUUCCGUGGUGUGGGUGAUGAAGAUCCAGAAGCAGCGAAGACCGGAGUCACAGAAACAACCAGGGAGGCCAUCCCCUACAUGCACCCCAAUAUGCCCACAGUGCGUCUGUGGGACCUGCCAGGCAUCGGAACACCGGCUUUCCAGCCUAAGACCUACCUAGAAGCUGUAGGUCUGCAUCAGUAUGACUUUUUCAUCAUUGUAGCUUCCGAGCGAUUUCGGGAAUAUCAUGUGACACUGGCUCAGUGUAUAGGGCAAGCAGGGAAAAAGUUUUACUUUGUACGCAACAAAGUAGACAACGACCUGGAGGCCACAGUCCGGCGCAGAGGUGGAGAGCCAUCUGCCAUAUUGAAUCAGAUACGAGAUGACAGCAAUGCAGCAUUGAGGAGGAGUGGGGUGCAACAGCCUCGCGUGUUCUUGAUCUCUUGCUUCCAGCCACAUCUCUUUGACUUCCCUUUGCUGCACACCACACUGGAGAGUGAGUUGGAGGGCCACAAGCGCCACGUUCUUCUCUUGGCACUCCCCAACCUCACCUCGACUGUGCUCGAGAAGAAGAAGCAGGCUCUCUAUGGAAGUAUGUGGCGGACAGCAAUGACUGCUUGCCUGGGAGCCAUGACACCAGGGUCUGCUGCGUCUGGUACUGUUCCCUUGCUCAUGGACACACUGCGAUCCUACCAGCAAAGCUUUGGGAUAGACACCAACUCAUUGCACCGCUUGGCAAGUCUUACAGGGAUAUCUUACCAGGAGCUUCAAAGAGAAGUGCACUCUACAACCGGCCAAGAGCUCUCUCAGGAGGGCGUGCAGACGAUGCUUUCUCAAGCAGCUGUAGGUCAACAGGUUGUUGCAAAUAUGGUGGAGAAUCGGGUGCCUGUCCUGGGUACCAUUGCCUCUGGUGGUAUCUCCUUCCUAGCUUCUUAUUACACCCUGAGAUCAGCUAUUAAAGACCUAAGUGAGGAUGCUGCACGGGUAUUGAGCAGAGCUCUGAAGGGGUGCCACCAAGAGCAGGAUGAUGUGCCAGAUCCAGGAGAUUUCUACUAGGUCUCCUUUUCAGUUGACUGAAUUUAUUCUCCGUUGACUGAUUUAAUGUUGUAUUGAAAUGUUAUAAUUUUCAGUAUAUGGCCAAAAGUAUAUGGACACCCCUAUUAAUUAAAGAAAUUUUCUCAUCAUGCCUCAUCUGUUGUGGACACAGAUAUAUAAUUAAGCACACAGUCACAUGAUCGCCUGGAUCAAACAGCUGCAGAAAGAGUGGUUGUACAUUAUAAUGACUUUUCACACGGUACCAUCAUAGGACCCCAUCUUUCGAACAAGUCAGUUCGCCACAUUUCUGCCCUGCCACAGCUGUCUUAGUCAAUCAUAAGUGAUGUGAUUGUGAAGGUCAGAAUGUCUGGGAACAAACUUGUGAGCUCAGUGAAAUGGGACCUGAAAGAGGCGUACACUAUUUCCCAUGCAAACGUUCCGAUCUAUAGAACCAAACUUGAUGGCAGAAUGUGCGUAUUUGUGCGGAAACUCUGACCUAUGCCUAUGUACAUUUUAGAGAAAGUUGGCAAACCAGGUGGAGAUGGUGAAUUGAAACCAGAUUGUAGGAAAAAUGCAAGCGGCAUUAUUAGACAUAUUGAUGCCUUGUGCUUGUGAAUCAUAACUUGUACAUUUAAUCUCAUAGCCCACAUCACAUAUGCAUCUUCUUUAUUAUUGAAAAAAAGCGGUUUUAUUUGCGAUAGCCAUAGUUAUUCCCUAAGGAUGUUUCAAUAGUAAAAUAAAUAUGCCAACUCAAAUCUUAAAUCAUAUUACACUUGUAAUAUUUCAUCAGCACUGUUUCGCACCAAAGUUUUUAAAAUGUAAGUAUUUUAGUGGCAGACAUGAUUGGAUUAUCACGAUCAUUUGGGCAAAGUGUGAAGGAAUCAGUCUGAUUGCUGGAAACAUAUAAACACUGCAGUCACACACUUGUGUAAUACUGCAUAAUGGAUCUUUUUUAAUCUCAUGUACUGUCCUGUUUGCUGCGCUCACAGUGAUAGGAUUUCCAAAGUGUUGCCACUUUUUUUUGUCACCCUAUUGCUUUUACAACCAAACAAAAAGGUUUUUCUAGUCUCCACCUCACCCGCAAGCACCUCAGUUUCUGUUUCAGAGAAGUUUCUUUUCUUGCACUUCUUAUCAUUUGCCAUGAUAAGUUUAAUGGGCUUAAAACGUUUACAUCAAUAUUCAUGAGGCGUUUUGCAUUGACUAUUUCACUUCACUUGUAUGCACCAAUAUUGAUGAGGUGUUUUGCACUGACAAUUUGUGGUUGGAUGUGGGCAUGUAGAGAGCAGAAUAUGAGGUUGAUCUAUGUGCACACAAUUCCAGGUCGAGUGUGAUUUAUAAAGACAACAUUGCUUGCAAAUCUGUGUACGCAUGGUUUUAUAAAUCUGACACAUCAUUUUCGGUUUUUGUGCGUAUGUAUGCUUUCAGUAUUCUACACACUGUUUCAUAAAUAAGAACACUAGAGGCAAUUAAAGGAAAAAGACAGGACCAAGUUCAUAAAGAUUCCCUUCAUUCCAGAAUGAGAUAUUGGACAAGCUGUUGUCCACAUACUUUUAUCCAUAAAGGAUGUGUGUGUAAUCAAGACCUUUGUGAACAAGUGUGACUUUUGGGGUUUUGUGAGAAUAAGUUGGUGCUGAUAGGACCAAAGAACAGCAAUUAAAGUCUAGCUGUUCCUGAAAGCCCAUAAGGGAGGGUCUAUCUCUCCAGAACAUUUCAUUCCUCAUAUUAAUAUAGACACUGCUGUUCAUAUGGUCACAAGUGAUAUGUUGUACAGAAUAUUAAAAAGACAUUUUCUAGAGGCAAACGAUCCCCUAAAAUAGAUCACUUCUAAGGCCAAAAUACAUACACAGUCAAAGGUUUGGAUACACAUACAAAGGAGAGUGAUAGUGUCACAUCAUAUGACCUGGCCACCUGACAUAUACACAGUAGAGAUGGUUUUGGAAGAGUUUGACAGGAGAGUGAAGAAAUUUGAUUUGAACCAGCAACCUUCUGAGUCCCAACCCACAGAGCUGCCCCCCCAAACAAAUUAAUUUGCAUAAUUCAAUAUAUGUUAUAGUUUUUAUGACUAAAUUUUCCUAAAAUAUAGAGAAUAGUAUAAACAAACCUUUCUAUGGGUAGGUUUUCCAAACUUUUAACUGGUAUUGUAUGUCUCCAUACAUUAGAUUUUAUUUUUAUAAAUUAACUUUUGAUCUGAUUUUGAAAAUAAGGAUAUUGUGUGACUAGACAUGGAAAAACGACAUUGCAUCAACUUGAGCGUCACAGCUGCAUUUUGCAGUAAACUGAUCUUGAGGCAACAGUGUGAAAGUGCAGGACUGAUGGUAAUAAAAUGAAACAUUUCCUUGAAAUGACUGCAAUGUUGCUUAAGAGAACAAAAACAUCACGAUGAAGAAACUGUGUUUUGCUAAAAUUAGUUCGUUGCCUUUAAAACAUUUGAACACAAAGAUUUGUCUUGUAGACAAUUGUAAAUGAUUUCAUUUAUGGUGUUUAUCUUAACCUUAUAACAAUCCAAGUAACCACACAAUGUAUUGAGUUUGGAAGUGACCAUUGUCUCUAGCAAAUAAAUAUUGUGGGUGGAUAUUAAUUGUCUAUUUCAGGUCGGAGUGAACUCAUUUUUAGCAUUCAUAAGAAAUUCAUUCUUAGGCUGAGGUGCCUUUGAAAAUGUAGUGGCAAAGUUCAUGUGCUGGAUAUCUUGUUAAAUAUCAGAGAUACAGAGGAUCUCAGGCAGGAACCAUGUAGCAAUUUUCACAAUAUGCUCAAUAUUACUUUAUUAAAAUUGUAUCUACAUGUUUAAAUGCAAAUGUAAUAAAAUAUAUACAAUCUUAUCCCGCUAA